UUCCCGCCUGUACCGACGCCAUGCUGCUCUUAGCACAUGCUUGGAUGAAAAUUAGCACUUUCUUCUUUGACUUCCAAUGAUUCACUUCCUGCUAAAGCGCCCCCUGGCGGUUGAAAAAAGAUACACAGAGACGCUGCACCGGGCUACAAGCUGCAAAGUGUAGAAAAAAGUAACGGCUUUUAGUCUGAAUAAUACGGUAAAUCAGCUUCCUGUGCUGGGCGCCAAAUCUUGGUCCUUCUUGACUUUCAGUCCGGGGCCGAAAAUGUCAGUCCAGGGGCCACACAGGGCGCUGGAGCCGCGGCUUGAGCCCAUGAUGCUCCAUGGUGCUGCUUGUUGCUGCGUGGUUCUGACUCAGCCCGGGUUCUUGACCCGCCGGCGCUGUGAGGUUUCUGAAGCGGGUCGGAACCGGAGGAUCUGCGAUUCGUCGCUGUCAUCAUGCGGUGCGGUCCAGCUGUUCUGCCGGCCCGGUCAGCGGCUUUCUCUGCCUUGUCCGUAUGGCUUUGAGGACGAGCAGAACCUGGAGCGGCUGACGGUGCGCUGGACGAGCCCCCGCAGGAAGCUGCUGUGCCACUACAUCAAGCACAGGAAGUACCAGAACUGCAGCACCGGCUACGCCAUGCGGUACCGACCCGGAAGCAUCCAGCUGUCCAUCCAGUGGGCCCAGAACCGGGACCUGGGGACCCACGUCUGCUCCGUGGCGAAACCCCACGAGUCGCAGGACUUCAGCAUCCACGUGGCUUGGAUGGAAGGUGGCAGUAUUUCUUCCUCUGCUACUCUGCUGCUUCAGCUUGACUUGAUGUCUGUGAUCGAUGAGAGUCCGUUACGUCGGCACCAGCAGGGGGAGGGAACCGGCCAGGGUGCAGCUGGAGUUUCGUCAUCAUCGCUUUGACCUGCUGCUUCGUUUGCUGUUAGCAGAAAAACAGCGACUGAAACCCAGAAAUCGGUCGAACCUUGAAGCUGCGCCUGUUUGACUGAAAACUACAUAUACAAAAAUGUGUUUGUUGUUUCUGAACACUUUAAUCUUCCUGCUUCAUAAUAAAUAAAAUAAAUAUUCCAGAAAUUUUCCAUUUCUGUCACAAAAACAUGCAUCAAAACUGAGUCAAAGCAACUUAAACAUGAUAUUCAAAGCAACAAAACUCAACAUUUUAAUCCAAAACUUGUUUCAUUUUCACUAAAGAGAAAAGGAGGAAUAAUUAGUGCUGAAUUCAGAGUUUCUCUGAUGGAUCAAGAAACAUGAAAGAAAAUCAUCUAAUAAAUCCAUUAAUCUGAAAACAUCUG